ACUAUUACCAAGUACCACAACUGGUCACACAUGGGCAUUAUCUAUGAAUCGCCCAGGUCUAAGUGACACAUCUAUAGUGCAACCUUCUGUUAGCUUCUUUAAUAAAAGUUCUACCAUAUAACUUUUUAAUUCUUAGGCUUCUCAUAACAUUGGGAUAGCAAUGGAUACAGAGCUGGGGUUGAUUGUCCCAAAUGUGAAAAACGUUCAGAUCUGCUCUGUGUUUGAGAUCGCCAUGGAACUGAACCGCCUCCAGAAACUGGGUUCUUCGGGUCAGCUCAGCACUGCAGACCUUACUGGAGGGACAUUUACUCUUUCCAACAUUGGAUCAAUUGGUGGAACUUAUGCCAAAGCUGUGAUAUUGCCACCUGAAGUAGCCAUUGGGGCUCUUGGAGCAAUUAAGGUAUGUGUACUAAAUUAAGGUAUGUGUAUUUAG